AUGGAAAACAAUUUAGGUCUAGUCGUGGAUAUCAGAAGAAAAGCCGAAGCUUCUUAUAUGUCUAUCCCUGUCAGCUUGGAUCCACAUUAUGAUUCAUCUUCGGAUGAGUCGUAUAUGAAUCAAAUUUUUACUUCUAUUCAAAAUAUUGGGGAAGGAGGCUUUGGAUAUGUUUUCAAAGCUACCCAUAAAUAUAAUAAUAAAAAAUAUGCGUUGAAAAAAUCGAAAAGCAAUCAAAUUCUCGAGUGGACGAAAUAUCAAGAAAUCAUUAACUAUGAACAAGUGGGACAUCACCCCCAUAUUCUAAGGUAUUUUAUGGCUUGGGAGGAAGACUAUUAUACCUACCUGAUGCUGGAAUUAUCACAGAUGUCUUUCCGCGAUUAUGUUAUCCGAACUAGAGAUGUACCAGAUGCUGUAUAUUUUGAUUGUAUACAUGAUAUAUGCCUAGCGUUGGAUUAUCUAUUUACUACACGAGGAUUGAUCCAUUAUGAUGUAAAGGAUAGGAAUAUCCUUGUCCACGGGAGAUCAUUUAAAUUGGCCGAUUUCGGCGCCGUUAUCCUUGCACCACAGCCAUUAAGGUAUACACGUAGCUCAGGUAUAGGAAAAUUGGUAAAUUCCCCAGACAUAUUUAGCUUCGGACAUAGUCUAGCAGGAUCUAUUGAACAACUCCCAGAAUCUUGUAGAACAAAAAGUUGUGUCCCACUUUUAAAAUUAGUGAAAAGAAUGACAAAUCCCAACGACGUCCAAAGGCCUUCAGCAAAGCAAAUAUUAAACCUAAAAAUAAUGGAGGAAGUUAUACAAAGAUACGUGACCGGAGCAAGACCGAUAUACACAAGAGAAAACUUGGAAGAUAUCGGUUUAGAAGAAGAUACUGUUGGUAAUAAUCAAGAUAAUAAAGAAAAUGUGGCGCACAAUCUUCAGUGA